AUGGGCAGCCGGCCCCGCAGCCCCAGCGCCUCCCCUGCGGACCGGUGGGGACCGCAUCCCGGAGGACGGGGCCCCGCCAAGCGCCGGCGAACGGAGGAGCCCGCGGGCCCCGAGUCCAAGUCCAGGGCGGCGCCCAGCCUGGACAACCUGACCUGGCCCCCGACCGCGGACACGCUCGUCUUCGUGGUGGUCCUGCCCACCGGCUGUGCCCUGCACGUGCCCCUGGCCGACGUCGACCUGCUGCUGGAGCCCGAGCCCACGUCCGUGAGGCAAGUGUCUCUUGGAGAUCGCAUCCUCAUGCUGGUCCCCGAGGCCCUCCUGGGCUCGGGUGUGGAAGGCCCGUGGGGACAGGGCCUGGGACGGGGCGCUUUCCUGAGCGCUCCCGGGGAGUACAUGGCCCUGGAGCCGGGAUUCUUCUGCGCAGCUGUCCCAGAGAUCGCCCGCCAAGAAGAGGUCAACGAGGAGGACGCACACGCUGACGCUGACUUCCUGCCGCCUGGGACUGAGGCUGCUUCAGUCUCAGUCGCUGGGCUCCGCCCCUCGGCUGGAUGUAUGUCUGGCUUCGACCUGCUGGGCCAAGCCUCAGAGCUGUCCCCUCGGGCCCCCAACACUAGUCCAGAGAGACGCUCUCCUCACCACGACGACAACCUAGACUUGCACCUUCCAGAGCCCUUCCCUGACUCACCACUCCAACCUCUACCUCCCUCUCCAAGUCCAGGUCCUCACCAGCGUCCCCAACGCCCUCAUGGUCCUCCAUGCAAGACCCGGAAAUGCCUGUUCCCUUAA